UUGGCGCUGCGGCGUGACGUCAGUAGUCAGCGUCUGCCCCACAGUGAAGCCGCCCCGGGCUCAGCCUGAACAUGGCGUCAAGAGGUACGACGGAGACCGGUAAACUCCGGCAGAACCUGGAGGAACAGCUCGAUCGACUGAUGCAGCAGCUCCAAGACCUGGAGGAGUGCAGGGAGGAGUUGGACGCGGACGAGUAUGAGGAAACCAAGAAAGAAACGUUGGAGCAACUAAGUGAAUUUAAUGACUCUCUGCAGAAGAUUAUGUCGGGGAACAUGACUCUGGUGGAUGAGCUGAGCGGGAUGCAGCUGGCGAUUCAAGCAGCGAUCAGCCAGGCAUUCAAGACCCCGGAGGUCAUCCGGAUGUUCGCCAAGAAGCAGCCAGGGCAGCUGAGGACGCGGUUAGGAGAGAUGGACCGGGAUUUAAUGGUCGGAAAACUUGGAAGAGACCUCUAUACGCAGCAGAAAGGGGAGAUCCUGACGGCUCUAAGAAAACUUGGAGAGAAGUUGACGCCAGAGGAGGAAGCUUUCCUUGCAGAGAAUGCAGGUGCUGCACUCAGCCAGUUUCAGAAGGUCUCAGAAGGAUUAGGAUCGGGACAUAAGGUUUUGGCCCUGGCUAGCCUGGAGGUGGGAAGCACAAAGAAGUGAAAAAAAAAAAAUGGAGCACACCA